AUGCAACAUGUCAAGGAUUCUCAAGAAAUAUUUGUUAGCCGAAAAUAUUUGAUGUUGAAUCAAUUACUUGCAGAUCUCAACAAGAGAGCUUACUUCCAAUGUAAUUCAACUGUUCAACUCGAAAACGAUGUUCCAUUCUUCCUGGUUUCCCAGAAUUAUCCCUAUUCACCGUUCGAUUACUCCUAUUGUACCAUAACAUUCAACAGUGCAAAUGCGAUCCGGGCAGCCAUUUACGACUUGGUCACUGUAGGCCCGGUAACCUUCGAAGGGCCGGACUUAUUGGGAGGAAACAGCAAAAAUUUCGCUCAGAAACCUUUACGCAUCCAUUUCAGUGGGCGACAUGUUACCGAUGAUGAACCGGUGGCAUUGUACUUUAAGAAAUCGAUGACGGUGUCAUUUUCGUUUCGCAAUGUGUCAGUGUUCUACACGAGAGGAUUCUAUAUCCUCGUGGAUAGCUAUACUCGUAAGUAUGAGAUAAUUUUUGAGUCCUUAGAGGAACGUCAUUGCCUUAAGGGGACUCUCCGCGCUGUUCGUAUGGGCGGGGCGCGCCUAAUACUACGUCUUCCUCGUUUUUGCACCGUGCACUUUCUCUUUAUAGCUGCAUAA